GGAUGCACGACGCACAACAAAUUUAUCCUCAGCGGGCAAUGAAUUCUACGGUCGUUUCACGAAUGAGGAAGUUAGUCCAAUUAUGCUUUUUGAGCCUGUCCCUGUGAUAUACUUGUUGUACGACUUGAAUUAUAAAUAACUCGGCAAAAAAAAACAUCCAAGAUGUCCAAAAAGUUCCACGAUAAGGGAGCGUUUCGGUCCGGCCUGGGGUCGAAGGCGGGCGGGUUUAUCGCGCAGAAGUUUUUCCACCCGUCGGCGCACCAGAACCAAGAGCGGAUGUGGAUGCACCAGGAACGUAUGGGGUUCUCAAACGUUACAUCAUUCUCAAUUGUUGCAUGAAUUUGUCAUGCAAAAGCACCAUCAUCCUCCCCACGAUCAAGCUGCUCCGCAUGAGAAAUUUGCGAAGGGCUAAGCCGCGACUGAAUCUGCGCCAAACUUGUAAUGCAAAAGGCGCAAUCUUCCUCCUUGCACUUUUACCAGUCUUGCAUUACAAAUUCAUGCAACAGUUGAGAAUGUAACAUUUGAGAACCCCAUAGAACGGCAGCUGGAGUUGGAGCGGCAGGCGGAGGAGCGCGAGAUGCGGCUGAAGGAGGAGCGGAAGCUGGAAGAGAUCCGGAAGUCCAACCUCCUUUUGGGCCAGCAGGCGGCGGCGAAAACGAAGAUGACGGCCGAGGAAAAGCGGAACAAGACGUAUGCAAGUCUCAGGUCGUUGGAAAUCCUCAAAGUGGAAAUAAUUUGUAAUGCAAAAAAUCGACUCCAGUUGAAGCGGCAUUUGUAGUUGGCGCAUCACAAAUUUCCCGGGCACUUAAAGCAUGUCUGUCAUGCAGGUUAAGGCAAGGGGGUGCCCUUCUGUCGUGCUAAGCAGCACCCCAAUUCUUCACCCCUAGCAGGACAAUAGUCGGGGUCGGCCUCCAUCGCGUUCUCUGCAGUGCAGUCUUUUUUGUGUCGCAUUUUCAUGCAUCACAAAUCCUUUCCACUUUGAGCAUUUCCAACCCGCGGCUUUCAUAAGACGGGCGGCUUUAAGGACCUGUUCGCGGACAUCACUGCCCGGAAGAACGUGAACAGCAUGCGCCCCGAGGAAAAGCAGUCGGUCCUAGAGACGCAGAAGAGGAUGAAGAAAAUGCGGGAAGAACAGGAACGGCUGAAGCAGGGUGGACUAGGCCCAAGCGGUGGAGCGGCAGGCAGUAGCGGGAAGAGACCGCUAGAAGUAAACGAAGAAGAAAUUAACAUUCAUCCGGGUGACCAGGACGGUAUCGCAAGUAGAAAAAUGUGUUUCAUUGUAUAAUCUUUGGUGACGUCCUCGCAGAGGACCCAGCAGACGAGAGUUAUGCUUAUACGGAUGUGCAACCGAGUAGUUGUUCUCUACAAAUGUAGUGUUAGUAGGCCAGGUGCACCAUGGAGGGCCUAAUUUUCUUUGUCAUGUAGAAGAACUUGAACUUGUGAUGUGAAAAUGCUAUGCAAGCCUUACUUGAUCGUAGUUACAGUGACGCCGUUUUUUCGUGCGAUAGAAGAUGUCGAGCCCGGGUUGUUGCUCGGUGAGCCAGGAGACGACGAGGCAGCACGAUCAUUUGCUGCGGCCGAGGAAGGUAAAAGGGAGUUAGGGUCUUUGCUGGGCGGGGCUGGAUCUGGAGGUGCCUCCUCCUCUUCAUCCUCGAGAUUGGGUGCAGCUCCGCAAAUACUGGCGCCACAACAUCAACAAGCCGCCUCCUCGAGCAGCAGCUCAAGCUCCUUGCUCCAACAAAACAAACAACCAAGCGAAAUUUUGGAAGAUAUGAACGUGCCCCCGCGGCCCGAGACGAUGAUAAACGAACACGAUGACCAACACAAACUUCAGUCCGCUACUACUUCUAGUAGUGCCGCGCUUUUAAAAAUACAAGGUGAGCAAGGUCGUGAAAACAAGGCAGAUCUGGCGCACGACUUGCCGUCUGCAGCUCCUGCUGGGACUACAUCCUCCGGUGCUGCUGCACCGACGGCGGCGGCGUCUUCCUCCGCAACAUCCCUCCUGCUCACCGAGCGGCCGGGGACGUCCUCGGUACUGGCACGAGAUGAAACAAGCGGCGCGCAACAAGUACUAGAACCUCCUUCUGAACUACUUCUGCAAGAUGAAGCUAAAAAUCCAGUGGAGGUGCCGAAACCUCCGGAGCACGACGAGACCAGGUCCACGCUGUACAACAAGUCCAUCGAGGAUAAGAACGCACAGAUGAAUAAAGACAAAGAGAAAGAGAAGCACACGACUUCCACACUGUACAAGGAAGACGUGUUUCGGUACGGGCACAAGUCGGUCUACGGCAGUUACUACGACGUUGCCACGAAGCAGUGGGGCUAUAACUGCUGCAAAGUUCUCGGGAAACCGAAGGUGAAGUGUCCGCUGAACGUGGACGAAGAGGGUACAACAGCUGGGGAUAACAAGAACAAACCGGCGAAAAAAAGAAAAGUGGGAGCUUAAGCCGAUAAAGCAGGGCAGUUGUAGCUCCUUGAGUUGUACAUCAGCCAGAUAGAAUUCACACUUCUUGAUAUUUCAGCACGACCACGCGACCAUUUGAGUUGUUUUUAUACUUUCAUCUCUGAGCGAAAAAGAAAAUGCAGACGUAACCUGCUCAGUUGUGAGCAAAAAUAGAGAUACUUACGUAUUCGUAUGAUGCGGGUUGCCCACCAAAAUAGGUGCUCUGCUACUUCUUUUCGAUUAAAUGGAAGUAAUAGUAUGUAGUGCUCGUCUUCGAGGAGGUUUCACAAAUAAAGCGAAUUUGUACUUGACAAGCGACUCGCCCCAAAAAA